AUGGAUUCAGAAAAGGACGCAAAAACUUCUAGUAUGGAAGAAGAGGUUAAGGCUAUCGAAGCUCCAGCCUUCGUAGACGUUAAGCACAUGUUCAGAAAGGUAGAUUUUGUUCUCCUUCCUAUCAUGAUGUUCACUUAUGCUGUGCAAUUUAUGGAUAAAUUGGCUCUUAGUGCUGGUUCUGUGUUUGGAUUGCGGACUGAUUUGAAGUUGGUCAAUCAAGAUUAUUCAUGGGCCUCGUCUAUCUUCUUCUUUGGCUUUAUGCUAGGAAAUUUCUUUGUUGUUCGUCUUAUUCAUUUGGUGAAGAUUGGAAGAUUUGUGUCUUUUGUCAUUUGUGCCUGGGGUAUCACUCUUGCUUGCAGCACUGCUUCUCAAAAUUACGCUGGACUAUUGGUUGCCAGAUUUGUCCUCGGUUUUUUGGAAAGUGCCAUCUCUCCUACUUUCGUUUUCAUCACCUCCAUGUGGUGGACUCAAAAGCAGCAAGCUGUCAGAACUAACUUAUGGUUUGCCGGUAACGAUAUUGGUGGUGUGCUUAACUCUCUUAUCGCAUUUGGUUUGGGUCAUGCCAACGGUCCCUGGAGCCCUUGGAGAUAUAUCUUUUUAACCUAUGGUUUGAUGGCCUUUGUUUGGAGUUUUGUCAUUCUUUUCUUUCUACCUGACUCUCCUCAAAAUGCACGUUUUUUGAACCAAGGCGAAAAGCAGUAUUAUCAGAAGGAGAUGAAGUCCUCUAAAGUCGAUAAGAAGUGGGACUGGGGACAGGCAAAGUCCGCUUUUACUGACAUUCAAGUCUGGCUUCUAUUAUUUUCCACGGUUUUGUGUGUGCUUCCAAACGCUGGUAUCACAAGUUACGGUUUCAUCAUUUUGGACAGUUUUGGAUUCACCUCCAUUCAAAGUACUUUGCUUAACUUGGCAUUGUCUAUCUUUACAUGGUUCGCCAUUGCUUUGGCCGGUUAUCUUGCUUCGAGAUUCAAGAAUGCUCGUUGUUAUGUCAUUUGGCUUUGUUUGGUCUUUGCAAUCACAGGUGGUUGCCUUAUUUACAAGGGUAACUCUAAAGGUGUUAAAUUACUCGGCUACUUCCUCGUUGACGUUCAGCCGGCAAUUCUUCCAUUGCUUCUUGGUAUGGCUGCUUCCAAUUUCCGAGGAACUACAAGAAGAUCUACUGUCAACAGUGCUAUCUUCAUCAUCUACUGUGCUUGUAACAUUGGAGGUCCUCAAUUGUUCCAGAGCAGUGAUGCUCCACACUAUCCUCAUGCUUUCCUCUCCUGGAUUAUUUGUUACUGCUUGAAUGUUGUCUUCACUCUUCUUAUCAGACUUGCUGCUAUCCGUGCCAAUAAGAAGCUGGAGAAGCUGGCUGCUGAGUUUGUUCCAGUCGUUGAAGAGGAAAUAGAAGUUGAAAAAGAACUUGUCGAGUACGAAGAUCCUUCAUUCAGAUACAAGUACUGA